AUGGAUGGUGGGAUGGAUGGAUGGAUAAAGGUUUACCAUAAGAGGGGUAUCCACUUAAUUACAAGACCAUUUUGUAACACGGAAUCCACACGAAGCCCAGAGUCCCUGGAAAUAGACAGGUGUCUGUCCUCGGACAGAUUUCCUGACCUUGAUUCCGUUGAGGAGUUUAUUAAGAACGUUCAGGACAUUGCAGACGAAGGUGUUAAAUUUAUUGGGUUCAUUCAAAAGUGUUCCUCCUCAGAUAAAAGUGAACUAAAACAAGGUGAUGAAGAUUAUGCAAAGACUGAGAAAAAUGAAAAAAUCAAUGGCAGUUCUGAUGAAGACAAAACCAACAGUGUUCAUUCAUCAGAUGGCAUAGAGCAGGUUGAACAAAUAAAGAGGAGUUCUACAGAUGAUAUCAGUGAAGUCAAAGAUAAGGAUGAUGACACAAGAAGUGCCAAGUCACAGUCAGAAACCUGCAGUAUAGACGGACAUUUAUGUGCUGAGACCGGUGGAGAAAAUGAAUCUGAGCAAGAGAACGAGAAGAAAGACAAUAGUGCUGAAACUCCAAACAAUAAAAUAGAGCACGAUGAUGAACACAAUUCAAAAAAAGAUGUUCAGUUGUUCACUCUUUUCAAUAUCCCUGUGACCAAACAAAAGGCAAUCAAAUACUACACGGACAAAGUGCCCCUGAAAAUCAACCAAAAAGGACAGAGCUUCAGCAGUAUGGAGGCGAACUGGUUAGAUCACUUGACCCAGCACUUCACUAACGGGGCCUUACUGGUUGAUGCAUACUUCAGUUUGGGACCGGAUAACGACUCAACAACACGAAGCACAGAAGUCAUGUUCAUCUUUCAGGAGUCGGACAUGGACACCACAUCUGUUCAAGCUUAUGAUGCCAUUGUGGUGGAGCAGUGGACAACUUUUGAAGACAGCGAAGUGAAGACGGACUACAUACCUCUGCUGAAAUCACUUGCAGCAUAUGGUUGGAAGCUGACCUGCGUGCUUCCUACGCCAAUAGUAAAGACAAACAGCAAUGGGAACAUAGCAACAAAGCAGAUUGUUUUUCUUCAGAGACCUUUCCUGCCGCGAAAGAAAAAAGAAUCCAGGAGGUUAAGCUUUAAACCACGAAACAAGCAAAACAAAAGCUCCAUUAAACACUCUGCAGUUAAAAAGCAGAAAGAAAAUACAACCAUUGCAGCAGAAAAGGAAAAUGAAAACCAGAUCAUUACAAAUUGCAUAACACCAAGUAACAAAGACCUGCAGGAGAACUACUGGAAAGCUAAUACGGAAAAAGAGAACAAGGCCAAUGCCAAGGGAGAACAGCAGACGCAGCAGGAGGAGUCUCCCCAGGAUGAGGAGCCAGAAUCACUCUCUUGCGUUAUGAAAAGCAAGGGAGAGGAGAGCAGCAGUGGUGACUGUGCAGACGCUACAGAGAUUCAUGAUGAUGAUGUCGCAGAUACGGCGCAGGACACCUGCGAUGAAAUCAGUGCUGACUAAACACAUCAUAACCACAUUUCUAAGACAGACCAAACCAGCCAUUAUAAAAAGUUUCGCCUUUGCAAUCGGCUGUUGGCUGGUUAAUUUGCGUGUGAACAGCUAUCACUAAUAACAAAAAAAUCAAGAUCACACACAGUUGACUUUUGGAGAUAUGAAUGGUGUUAGUGGAAAAACAGACAGAACAGCAACUAUGAUACACUGAAUGAAAUAGAAAGCAGCCAUGGCUGAUGACUCAAUCCAUUUAAUUACUUCCGGUACAAAGCCUGGAUUAGACUGCAAUCAUAUCCAUUGCAAAAUGAUGACUUUCCUGAACAUUACAAUAUGUGUGUUUUAGGGCUGAGAACAAUUUAAUUCAAGUCAUUUCUUUAAAAAUGUGUCCAAACAGAGGUAAACCCUUCAUCAGAUUUUGUUUUUUUUUAUUUUACCAUUGUAGUCAAGACUUUGAAACUCACUGCGGAUUAUGUCUUUACAACUAUCUGACUUAUUUUCCCCUUGUUUUUUGAUCCCACAUAACUGUCUAGUGUUGUUUAACUAGAAGGGAGUGUUUGUUUUGGGACCAUGAGUUUAGAUCCAUUGAGGAUCAUGAAAUAUGUUCAAAGCAGAAUACUGCUGUAUAACUUUGCAGGUUCUGAUACUCAAGAGAUCACUCAGAAGCUUCUACAACUCAUCAACUUUCUGCUUCAUUUGCUGAUAUGGGGCCACAGAGAACAUGAGCUGAACCUCAUCUCAGCACCAUUUGGCAGAUGCACCAUUUUCCCUGGAUGGGACACGCGAUUCUGCUCACUAAUGGAGGGCCGAAUUAUAAAAGCCAAAUCACAUAACAUGCAUAUCUUUAGGAUGUGGCAGAAAACUGGGGCACACCACAAUUUUAUAUAUUGGUAUAAUCCUCAACUAGGUUACACUUUCAGGCGUACUUUCACAGUCCUUCGCUGUGUUUUGCUUAUUUGCUAAGUCAGCUUGACCACUCACUUAUCUUGCAGUUUAUUGUUAAGUAAUAGAAAACACUUACGCUUAAGUAUAUAAUAAGGAGUGAAUAUGAAGAGGAAGGAUCAAUAUAAAUAACAUCUUCUACCCUUUCCUGAGUGUAAUGAAUGAUAAAGAACAAUAGAACCACCUCUUCCCCAACCACCACAAGAUCAUAAAAAGACAACGCCCAGCAUAAGGCAUCCCAUGUGACACCUGGUGCUUUAAAUAGAAAAAAUGAGUAAUACAGUACCUAUAAGAAAUAAAAUAAAAAAUCUUUCAUUCUGGCUUUACCCAUCUGUUUCUGGUUAAAACUGCAUCCUCAGUUAAGGUGAGGUGUGACUAAGGCUGCAUUCACACUGCAGCUAAAAGUGGAAUUUUUUUUUUGUUUGACUGUUCCAAUUAAUUUUGAAAGUGAUUUAAUUCCAAAAAGAGUGUCUUCAGACAUGUAUCAUGAAUGUGACCCAUAUAUGCAAAAUUAAUAAAAAUGAGACCUAACAGGCGUCCUUGAACAACAGCAGCAUGCUAUUUCACAUCACUUUCAGUGCAGGAAGUUGUCAGCUUGAGAUGGAAAGGACCAGAAGCUGCUUGGAGCACAAUUACCACUCCCAUAUAUGUGAACCCUGUGGUGGGCUGGCUCCCUGCCCGGGGUUUGUUUCCUGCCUUGCGCCCUGUGUUGGCUGGGAUUGACUCCAGCAGACCCCCGUGACCCUGUAGUUAGGAUGUAGCGGGUUGGAUAAUAGAUGGAUAUAUGUGAACCUGUGGAGAUGAGAUUAGAUCCAGACUGGUGAGAGUGACACAUGGAGGGCAUGGUUUCACAAUUUCAUAAUAUUGAGGGAGCUUUCAAUUGCUUAUGUCAACAUCUGUCCACAGAAUUCACUCAGAAAAAUACAUGCUUUCUGUCAGAAACAAUGUAGCAAUCAGGCUGUAUUGGCUGGUGAUAAACAAAACACACACACACACACUGUGCAACCUCUCUGGAUGUUGGUGAGUGAUCAGUGUGUUUGUUUCACUACGAUUACACCAAUGCCUUGUGCUGUAUUGCAAUGAUGGACUACACAAGGUUGCCUCAAGAAAAUGACCUUAGGAUGUCUGAAUUUAGACAAUUCAAGUAUUCAAAUGCAGGUCAGCUUGUCUGUAUUGGAUUUAGUACCACAUACAAAACUGGUCUAAAUCCAAUCUGAAAAAUGUAUACCGACACCAUUUGAAUACUGCUUUACUAUCCAAUUUUCUUUUUAUUCUGCCUUAACUAGAGCUACAGCUCCAGUCUGUGGCAGGGUGGCAAACUGGUUCAUUGCAGACCAUCUCCUUAAUCUGCAUGAUGAAUUAGCUAUUUUAGCUUUGCACAAACAGCAUCAAAGAGUGUAAAUCUCAUGAAAAGUGUCAGCUGCUAUGAUGCUAGUCAGAUGUACAAGGUGGUGUGCCCUUUGUUUGCAGUUUGCUAAUCUGGGUGUGGUGCAAGUUGUCUACUUAAGAUAUGCAUAUACUAAGUGAUGUAUUUCUCCUUAGAUAAUUGAGUGUAUACAGUAUUCCAUACUACCUGCACAAGACUGUAGGACCCAGCCAACACUCUUCCACUAACACAAACUGCUGAUUACCAAGGGGUAUUUGGCAUACUGCACAUUAUGUUGUGUAGAUUGUUCCACUCAUGUCAUGUAUUAUGUCUCUUGUUGUAUUCCUGUUGUGUUUUUAAUUCUUCAAAAUAUCAAGCUUGAGUACCUCUUCUCAUUUUGAUGAUCAUUUGUAAAUUUUGGAUAUUAAUUCAGAAUUCUUGAAAAAUUAAGCUUUUUCUUAAAACCAGACCUUCAUUAUUUUUGUUUCAAAUACAAAUACUGUACAUAUCUUAUGUUCUAACAUUUCUGCACUACUGGUUCUAGGUUUGCAGUUUUUGUCAUCUGUUACUAAAAGUCAGGAACACAAAGUUUUGUUUUGGUUAUGAUGUCAAAUGCCCUUGUUUUAUAAAAUCAGAAAUUAAAUAUUCCAGUAUAAUUUG